CUUAUAAUUGGAAAAGGGAAAAAAUGGAAAAAAGAAAAUAAUAAUAAAAAAGAAAACAAAAAUAGAACAAAGCAGAAAGAACAAAAGUAUUAUUAAUAUCAAUAAUAAAAAAGAAAUAUAUCAAACAAACAAGGAAAACCCCGUAGAAACUUGGGUAGGGGGUAGCAGGGCAGCCAAGUUAGUGUCACAUUAUUGACAUGGGUAUCAGUGCAUCAACAUAAAAAGUGGCAUGGUUCAUAGAAAAUCACACCUCACAGCCUUAACAUAUUCUGUCACUAUUUCUGCACUUUAAGAAAGGAUGACAAUUUUGCAUUGUAUAGAUCUCCUGUACAGGAUAUGUCCAGUGUUCAGUCGUUGGUGGUUCAGGCUUGAGCCAUGUCCUUGUGAGGGCGUUUUUACUCGUGGCCAAAACAAUAUACUUUUAUCUUUUAUCAUUAGAGUUCAAUUUACACAGAAAUAUGGUCUCAAACGUUAAAGACAAAACAAAUGAAAAAACAUUUUGCAGAUGUUCAUGGACUAGAGACCAAUACUGGCAACUAACUUGGCAGUCCCAAAAGUAAAAGGCCUGAUUCUCAUAUAGCUCUUUUCUACUCUCCUGCAGUACUCAAUCUUGCCCAAGGAUAUCUGACAUGCAAACUGGGGAGCCAGGGAUCGACCCCCCAACCUUUCAGUCAGCAGCUGACCUGCUCUUCCUCCUGAGCUACAGCCAGCCUGAAAGACAUGGAAAUGGUUAGCACCAUCUCCCCGACAUCUCCAACAGACAUCUCAGAGAGAGGAGACACCAGCAUCUGAACAGAGACUCAAACCAGCAACCUGCAGCUCCCUGCUUGGCUGCUCCAGUUUUCUCCUCACUCAUGUUGCCCACCAGUGAUUUCUAGCUGCCCACCCACACAGCAGGCUAGAAUAUGCGCUGAGCCUCAGCACCCAAUACUUGGACAUGUUUUCUUUAUUAAACAAUGAACCAGACCCCAAAAAGUAAACAGCUGUUAUUGCUAGGCAACGGGAGCAGCAUUUGGUGAUGCAGCACCUGACAUUCCUGACCAUGUGGGCGGAGCAUGCAUGGAAUGGAAUGUUUAGUAGAACUGUGCAACACAAGCACUUAGUUCCAGCAUGUUUCAUUGUAUCCAGACACAGCUAGAGACACAUCUACAGCAGCAUCUCUGUGCAGGACAAACGACAGUUGACGAAGAAACAUCGAAAACUUCACUUCACUCCUCUACAAAACGUUGGCUCCUUUGUUUAAAAGGCCAAAAUGAAUCGAGGGAGAACGAGAAGAGGAUCGGCGAGUGCUUCACCUCACAAUUCAGUACAGCUGAUUAACCUGCAAGAAGAACUUCAAAUGAUACAGGCUGAAAAUGUCAAAUUAAAAGAAGAGGCAGAAAAAUCAAGAGGAGAAGCUAAAAAUUCACAGUUUGAAACUGAAGUAGUAUUGCAGGAAUUACUGCAUGGGGGUCUGAAAAGAUGAAGAAAGAACUGUUGGAAGCUCAAAAAGCAUUGGAGGAAGAGAAAAGCACAGCACAAGAAGCCAAAAAUAAAUAUCAAACUGCAAAGAAGGAGGCAGGAAAUGUGAUGCAGGAAUUACAGGAGGUGCAGGAAGCUUUUGAAGAGGGAAAAAGGAAAAUGCAGUUGGCAACACAAGAAGCUGCAAAUGUAACGGCUGAAGCUGAAACACUAAGGAAGGAAUUACUGCAUGUGAAGCAACAACUUGAAGAGGAGAAAAAACGUAAACACGAGGCAGAAAAUGAGAUUGAAAAUAUGAAGAAAGAAUUGUUGGAAGCUCAAAAAGUGUUGGAGGAAGAGAAAAUUAAAACACAGGAAGCAAAGAAAGAAAUGGAAGAUACAAAGAGUCACACUCAAAACAUGAAGAAGGAACUGAUGAAAGUGCAAGAAGAACUUGCAGAAGAGAAAAUUGAGGUGAAGGUAUUCAAGAAAGAAAUGAGCGGCUCUGCGGUGACCAAGAAAGACUGCAAAGACGCACUUAAAGAAAUACGAAAGCACAAAAAGGAAGCUAAAGAGCUCCUCAAACACAAAGGGAAACUGGCCAAACAGCAGCUGAAAGAAACAUUUAAAGAUGCCGAGGAGCAGCUCAACAAAACCUUAAAAGAGCUGAAGGCAAAAGAAAAGCAAGCCGAGGACAGGAGGGGAUUCUGGAGCAGACUGCUGAGAAAGAACUGACCCAGCAGCAUCAAGUUUGAGGACAUCAAUAGUUUCUUCCUCCUCUCUCCACCUUUCUUUCACCCCAUCCUUCUUCUUGGGACGUUUGUUUGUUUUUUAAAAACUCUAAUCUAAAUACAUGUACUGAAAUACACAAAUAAAAUUGCCAUAACUUGA